AUGGUGACCCCGGGAACACCUGAACACCAACAACAGCACAUAUGUGUAAAUUUUGGUGGAUUCCGUUUUGGAAAGCGUAAGAAACACAAACAGAGUCCCAAAAGCAGCGUAAAUGCAAAGCUGAGUGAAAAACCCAAACCUGCGUCGCACGAUAGAGCCAUCCGCCCUGAACCUCGCCGCGCCGUGCUGUUGAAUCUGCGAAAACUGCGCUGUUUUCACAGGAUUCAAUUGCUCAGAUCGAGUUUUGCCGACAGCGUUUUCCUUGAGGAUUUUCAUCAUCCCCGAGCAUUUGGAGCCGAACCACAAAGUGAUGAGUGGAGAGAUACUGGAAACCCAUCAUGGAAACGCCCCUUGCCACAUGUUCUGGUGGCAACUUUGUCCUCAUUCUUAUUCGGUUAUCAUCUUGGGGUUGUUAAUGACACUUUAGAAAGCAUUUCUAUAGAUUUAGGCUUCAGCGGAAGUACUAUGGCUGAAGGUUUGGUCGUGAGUACAUGUUUAGGAGGUGCAUUUCUUGGCUCCAUAUUUAGUGGUUGGAUAUCAGAUGGUCUUGGUCGUAGGAGAGCAUUCCAGUUAUGUGCUUUACCUAUGAUCAUUGGGGCUUCCAUGAGUGCCACCACAAGUAGUCUGGAGGUCAUGCUUCUGGGUAGGUUCUUUGUUGGAACAGGAAUGGGUCUUGGUCCUCCUGUUGCUGCUCUCUAUGUAUCAGAGGUUUCACCAGCUUUUGUGAGGGGCACAUAUGGGAGCUUCACCCAGAUUGCAACAUGUCUUGGACUUAUGACAGCCCUAGUUACAGGGAUUCCAGCCAAAAACGUUCCUGGCUGGUGGAGAGUUUGUUUUUGGGUAUCUGCUAUUCCUGCUACAUUACUGGCUUUCUUAAUGGAGUUCUCCACGGAGUCUCCACAUUGGCUUUUCAAGCGGGGAAAAAUUUCUCAAACUGAAGAGGAACUCGAGAGGCUUAUGGGGGCAUCACAUGUUAAAUCUGCAAUGGCAGAAUUAUCAAAAUCAGAUAGAGGGGAUGACGUGGAUGUAGUCAAAUUUUCAGAUUUACUCCAUGGCCGUCACUUUAGAGUGGUCUUCAUUGGGUCAGCUUUAUUUGCACUACAACAGCUAUCGGGCAUAAAUGCUGUAUUUUAUUUCUCUUCAACUGUCUUUAAUAAAGCUGGAGUCCCUUCUGAUAUUGGGAACAUAUGUGUCGGAAUAGUGAACAUAGCAGGGUCUGUUGUGGCUAUGAUUCUGAUGGAUAAAUUAGGAAGGAAGCUACUUCUUGUUUGGAGUUUCUUGGGCAUGGCAGUGGCUAUGGGUUUUCAAGUUAUUGGGGCUAGUGAUAUCUUGUCAGACUCUCAAAAUUUAUACCUUUCUGUUGGUGGGAUGCUAAUGUUUGUUUUGACUUUUGCCUUGGGUGCUGGGCCUGUUCCUAGCCUCCUUCUAUCAGAGAUAUUCCCUAGCCGGAUUAGGGCUAAGGCAAUGGCUUUCUGCAUGGCUGUACAUUGGGUGAAUAAUUUUUUCGUGGGAUUAUUAUUUCUUCGUCUGCUGGAGCUGCUGGGCCCCAAAAUUCUAUACUCCGGGCAUUUCAGGCAAGAUUGUCCCACCAGGGGGACAAUGAUGCCAGAGGCUAUUAGCAGAUCUUAA